AUGGCCAGAGACCUGUCGCCGUACAGUGCGCGACGACUGCUUACGCAACAAUUAGUCCAAGGAAAGACUGCCUCGCCCCAGGCAGUUCCAAGCAGGAAUGGAAGCCCGAGCAAUACCUCGAAACAUGGGUCAGAACGUGCCGGGAAAGAGCCUUCGAUAGCAUCUGGCCCCCGAUCGAGGAGUAGAUCGAGGGAGAGGAAGCCCAGGAACGUACCGAAAGACGGCGAGCCAAAGGAAGCGACCACCGAGCCCAUCGCCGUUCGUAAGCGGGAACAGUCCCCAGAACCAUACAGGAAGCCGCGAGACUCGUCCAGAGAGAGGAAGCGCGACGGUUCGAGAGAGCGGAGGAAGGAUCGGUCUAGGGACAGGUCACGAGAGAGGAAACGAGAUAGAUCGGGCGACAGAAAGAAACAUCGUUCGAGGGACAGGCGGCGCGACCGCUCACGCGACAAGGACGGGGACAGGCACAAAAAGCGCGAUCGCUCCAAGGACAGACACAGUCGGCGAGAUCGCUCGCGCUCCAGAGACCGACGCCGCAGAGACAAGUCCAAAGAAGGCCGACGUUCACGCUCGCCUAUACCAUACCGUUCUCGCAAACCGCGCACUCGCUCGCCCUCCGCGUCCACAUCUCCUCCUCCCAAACGUCGCCGACGUACACGCUCCCCAUUGCCUUCGCGUUCGCCCUCUCCACACGAGCGAGCUAAGAAACCGCUCCCGUCGCAAGAAGUCUCGUUCCGCGGGCUUGACGACUCCGUCCAACCACCCUCAAAAUAUGGUGGCGCACCACCCGACAAGGAGAAACCUAACUUCAAGCCCACUGGUGCGCUGGCCAAAGCUGCCAACCGCGUAGAAGGCACCAAGAUCUCCCUCAAAUACCACGAGCCACCUGAGGCGCGAAAACCACCCGCUUCACAGCCCUGGCGCAUCUUUGUAUUCAAGGGCGACGAUGUGGUAGAUACUAUUGAAAUAUGGCAGAAGAGUUGUUGGUUGCUGGGCCGAUCACAUGAAGUCGUGGACUAUGUUCUUGAGCACCCUAGCUCAAGUGGACAGCACGCAGCCAUCCAGUUUCGGUACAUACAGAAGACGAUUGAAGACGAAUUCGGCGUGAAGAGCCAUCGAGGAAAGGUCAAGCCUUACAUCAUUGACCUGGAAAGCAGUAAUGGCACGGAGCUGAACGGCGAGGAUCUCGAGGCGAGUCGCUACUUUGAGCUCAGAGACAAGGACAUCCUCAAAUUCGGAGGGAGCGAGAGGGAGUACGUGAUCAUGCUGCCACCAGCCGAUGCUAAAUAA